AUGGUCUACAUCGGAAUUCCCAAGAAUUACACGGCUUCGCCGUCUUCCUUUGCAGGAACUCCGUCCUUGACGAUCAAUUACGAGGCAACACAGGAUCUUGAUUCUACCAAUGCUUUUGAAGGUCCAGAGAAACUCUUGGAGGUGUGGUUCGCGCCUUCCGCUCAGGAAUUAGGUCCGGCGCAGCCUGCGGGUCUGAAAGCUGUGCCUGAGGAGAUCUGGAAGGACAUGCUGGAUCUCGUCAAUUGUCAGGUCCUUUCCAUUGUCUCGUCGGAGGAUGUGGACGCCUAUCUGCUCUCCGAAUCCAGCAUGUUCGUCUGGCCUCACAAGCUCAUCCUGAAGACAUGUGGAACCACCACUCUUCUGUCCGGUCUGCCACGCAUUCUCGAGAUUGCCGCUUUGUUUGGUGGCUUCCCCAAGUCUCCUUCUCGCGGAAUCUCCGUCGCCGCCGCGCCCUACCGCGUGUUCUACAGUCGUAAGAACUUCCUGUUCCCUGACCGCCAGCGCGGCCCUCACCGCAGCUGGCGGGACGAAGUGCGGACUAUGGACAGGCUCUUCCUCAACGGCAGCGCCUACAUGAUUGGCAAGAUGAACGGCGAGCAUUGGUACCUGUACCUGACUGAACCUCAUACCAUGCUCACACCGCCAACGAGCCCGGGAGCGAAGACCGAGUUCACGGAAACAGAGACUAAGGUCCUCAGCGUACCUCAGGGCGCUGCUCUGCAGGUUGAUUCUGAGGAUGAGACUUUGGAAGUCUUGAUGACCGACCUGGACGAGAAGAACGCCAAGCAGUUCUACCUCGAGCAUGCCACCGCUGUUGCGGAGACCCGUUAUCGCAACUUCGAUGCGGACAAGAGUGACCAUGUAGAUGUGUUCAGCAACACUUCCUCCGAUAUGAGCGACCUGGACUCCGAAGGAAGCGGGGUUCUGCCUCCGGAGUUGACUACGGAGGGCCACGCGCUCGGGACCGUCGUUUCUGAAGCCUGCGGACUUUCCGACGUGUAUCCUAAGGAGAAGUAUCCCGAAUCGCGCAUCGAUGCCUACCUGUUCACGCCAUGUGGCUUCUCCGCCAACGGCGUGAUUCCGCCGCCUGAUGGAAAGACUGGAACCCACUACUUCACGGUGCACGUCACUCCAGAGCCGCAUUGCUCGUAUGCAUCCUUUGAGACCAACGUGCCGCACUCGCAGAACGGCCAGACUACUGCUGGAAUCAUCAAGCAAGUGGUCGACAUCUUCAAGCCUGGCCGCUUCAGCGUGACUCUCUUCGAGGCCAAGCCAGCGCUGAGCCAGGUCGAAGACGAGUGGAAGGAAGCCAAGUAUCUCGCCGCUCGUCGGACUGCCAAAAUGGAGCAUGUGGAGGGAUAUCGCCGGGUGGACCGGAUCGUGCAUGACCUCGACGGCUAUGAGCUUGUGUUCCGCUAUUAUGAACGCCUGGACUGGAAAGGGGGGGCCCCUCGGCUGGGAGAGGAGAAGUUUUGA